UAUUUGUGUUUUUUUAAGAAAUGUGGGGUUUUUUUAUCCUCACCCCAUAUAGGUUUUGCAUUUGUUUAUUUUUUCUUUUUAUUUUUUUGCUGAAAUUUAUGGCUAUGGUGGGUUGAUAAUGGGGUUUGUGGCUUUUAGGCUUUUGGGUGUCUUUUGUCUUGAAUUGGGUGUUUGGAUAAGCACAUUUGGGAUGCAUUUUUGUUGUUUUCUUUCGUUAUUGGAUUGGGCAUGAUCUGGAUCUGAAUUGGUUCUGGUUCUGCAAGUCUAGGGUUUAUUUGAUGUAAUAGCCAAUAAUUUACUAGGGUUGGAGCUAUUAUGGAUUUUGGGUUUCUGGUUGGAACUGGUGAAAACAUGAAAUCUUAAUUACGAUUCAAGAAGAUACAUCUAAUUCGCAGAUCAAAGUCUUUGCAACUAUUAGGCAUACCCAUUUAAUUUUGGAUCGAUGGGUUCGAGAUUCCCAUCUCAUCAGCUUAGCAAUGGCCUUUAUGUCUCGGGUCGGCCAGAGCAACACAAGGAGAGACCUCCAACCAUGAGCUCCACCGCCAUGCCUUACACAGGUGGAGACAUUAAGAAAUCUGGGGAGCUUGGAAAAAUGUUUGAUAUUCAAGUAGAAGGCUCAAAGUCGAGGAAAUCGGGACCCAUAUCAAAUGCCCCCUCAAGAACUGGUUCUUUUGGGGGUGCUGCCUCACAUAGUGGACCAAUAAUGCAUAACUCCUCUGGUCGAGCUUCUUCCAAUUCUGUUCCUGGUUCAGUUGUUACCGGACCCAAUAGACAAAAAUCCAAUUCAGGCCCACUUAAUAAUAGGCAUGGUGAUGGCAUUAAGAAGUCUUCUGGUCCUCAAUCUGGUGGGGUUACCCCAAUUGCUCGCCAAAAUUCUGGGCCCAUCCCUCCAGUUCUCCCAGCCACUGGGCUCAUAACUUCAGGGCCAAUCUCUUCGGGGCCUCUCAAUUCAUCAGGGGCUCCUCGAAAAGUAUCCGGUCCAUUGGAUGGUGCUGCUUCUGUCAAGCUUCACAGCAUAUCUAUUGCUCAUAAUCAGGCUGUUACCAAUCUUAGCAAUGAGGAGCAGUAUUCUUUCAAAAGGGGGAUUCCCAAGUGUAUACUUUGGUCGGUGGUGAUGCUCUUUGUCAUGGGAUUCAUUGCUGGUGGUUUCUUUCUUGGGGCUGUCCACAAUGCCAUUCUACUUGUUAUUGUUGUGGUUCUCUUUGGUGCAGUGGCUGCACUCUUCACUUGGAAUACUUUUUGGGGAAUGAGAGCUAUCACGGGUUUCAUUGCCAGUUAUCCGGAUGCUGAGUUGAGGACUGCAAAGGAUGGGCAGUAUGUUAAAGUUUCUGGGGUAGUAACAUGUGGAAAUGUCCCACUGGAAUCAUCCUUUCAAAAGGCUCCACGAUGUGUAUACACAUCUACAAGCUUGUAUGAGUAUAGGGGCUGGGACUCAAAGGCUGCCAAUGCCAAGCAUCGCCGUUUUACUUGGGGACUUAGAUCUUUGGAGAGGCAUGUGGUUGACUUCUACAUCUCAGAUUUCCAGUCCGGAUUGAGAGCGUUGGUUAAAACUGGGUAUGGUGCAAAGGUAACUCCAUAUGUAGAUGAGUCCAUCGUGGUUGAUGUCAAUCAGAAGAACAUGGAGUUGUCUCCAGAAUUUGUCAGGUGGUUGGGUGAAAGGAACCUUUCUAGUGAUGAUCGUACAAUGCGCAUGAAAGAAGGGUAUAUCAAAGAAGGAAGCACAGUUAGUGUAAUGGGGGUGGUCCAGCGAAAUGAUAAUGUUCUUAUGAUAGUCCCCCCUUCCGACCCUUUCUCAACUGGGUGCCAAUGGGCCAAGUGCAUUUUACCAGCUAGCCUCGAAGGAAUCGUAUUGAGAUGCGAAGACACCUCCAAAAUUGAUGUCAUACCAGUGUGAUUAUCUCUCUGCACUGUUCAGGUAAGUGAGUUGUGUAUGAGGUGUGGUGGGUUCGGUGACGUUGGGUGUAUAGCUUUCUUUAAUUUUUAAGGGUUUAAAAGCUUGUAGGGGCCUGUGGUUUGGUAUCAGUGAGAGGGGAUUUUGUUGUGCUUGUUCUUGAAGAGGCUUGUGUUGACCUAUAUUGCGCUUACUUUGUUAAGUAAUAUUAACGUGGGUUUGGCUUAGAUUUUGAAAGCAUGGGAGGUUAGAGAUUAUGAUGAAAGGGGUGAAGUUGGGGUUGCUUCCAAUAUACUUAUGGUAUAACUACUCUUCCACCCAUUGCACUACUCUCUUUAAGGGGGUUCAGUCAAUGAAGAUAUUGUUUCAAAGAGAGGAAGAUUCAGUCAUGCUACUGGUCAAUGAAGAGGUGUUUGUUGAACAUGUGUAGGCUUUGAGCCAAGGGGGCCCUUGUGUCUUCCCAUUUGCAAUUGAUAUCAGGUUGGGGUCCCCAUUUUGUGUAGAAGUUGUACAGAAUCCAUGCUACUAUAUUGGGUUGAUGGAAAUUGAAUUGCUUUUAAAGAUUGUAGAAAGCGCAUUCUCUCUUGCUGGGAGGUCCUCUCUCUCUCUCUCUCUCUCCAUUUGAUUUGGAAAUCGCUUGAUAAGCAUAGUUGUAGUAGGAUCAGUGUUGUUUAAUGUUAGAUUGGUCUAUAAUUAUGGACCGAGUCUAUUGGGUUUAUGCCAAAAAUGAACCAGUGGCCUAACAUGCACUGUGCUCCAAUAUAUAAUUAGGAGCGCGUUCAUUUUCCAUGGAUUAAAAAACAAUGUGUGUAUCCAUAAUAUUGUUUGAUAUUCAUUUGAAUCGUCACUAUGA